AUGCAGUUCACAACGAAGUACCACUCGAAUACGAAGUACUACCUGAAUAGGAUACUACAUACAUUGUUAUUCUAUCGUGUGCAGAGCAUCGCCCUCGUCCUCUGUGCCGCCCUGGCCAGUGCUAUGGCUGGCGGAGUGCUUGGCGGUUAUGGCCUCGGCUACGGUCUAGGCGGCUACGGUCUUGGCGGUCUGGGCUAUGGAGGAGGCUACGGACUUGGUUACGGUGGCUACGGCCUCGGUGGUGGAUACGGACUGAGUGGCGUCGGCGUCGGCAGCAGCGUCGCUCUCUUGAGCGGAGGACCUGCUUUUGCCAAGGCUGUGGCCGGACCAGCGUUCUUGGUGAGAACUGUUCACCACGUCAACAAGGUCAGCAGUGGAGGAGCCCUCCUCGCCCACUCUGGCCUCGGAGGAGGCUACGGAGUUGGCUACGGUGGUCUCGGCUAUGGUGGCCUUGGAUACGGCGGUUAUGGUGGAUAUGGUUACGGCGGCUACGGCUACAAGGGCUGAA